UUUUUUGUUUGUUUUUACCUAUAUAUCGGCCGUCGGUGUUGGUUUUUAAAAUUUUGAAUUUUCUUUUUAUCCGGUUUAUCGUUGUCUGUUUUUAUUUUAGCGUUCGAAUUCUGAACUUAAUCGACUCAACUAACGAUAACGUUACUAUCCUAAAGACUUGAAGAAAUGUUCUUUCACGUAAAUUUAGACCACGAAAUUCUAUUGCACCCACGUUAUUUUGGUCCCAACCUUCUUCAAACAGUGAAGCAGAAAUUGUUCAGUGAAGUGGAAGGUACCUGCACUGGAAAAUAUGGAUUUGUAGUAGCUGUGACAACCAUUGAUAACAUUGGAGUGGGAUUAAUACAACCAGGUCGGGGUUUUGUCGUUUACCCUGUGAAGUAUAAGGCCAUUGUCUUCCGGCCCUUCAAGGGAGAAGUUCUAGAAGGGAUUGUCACCCAAGUUAAUAAGAUUGGGAUAUUUGCAGACAUUGGACCGCUUUCGUGCUUCAUUUCGAAACAGUCAAUACCAGCCGACAUGGAGUUUGAUUCCUUAUCCAAUCCUCAAUGCUACAAAUCGAAAGAUGAGGAUGCUAUAAUACAAGUAGACGAUGAAAUCCGAAUAAAGAUUGUCGGCACACGAGUUGAUGCCAAAGAAAUAUUUGCUAUUGGAACGUUGAUGGAUGAUUAUUUGGGUUUGAUCAACUGACGAAUUGUAUCAUAGUUUUUUCCUUAUUUUCGCUUUUCCUUACGAUUCAUUGAAUAUUAUACACUGUCAACUAUAAUAUAUAAAUUUAAUAAAUCUCUGUGGUUAAAUUUCUUCACAAAAAAAAGUCAUUGUAAUUCAAUUUAAAUGAGUUAAAUAAAAAUUGAAAUAAAA